GAAGACAACUUCUUGGUAUUUUUAAGAAAUCGAAAAUACAUAAAUGAAUAGAGACAAAUUUCCAUUUCUUCUCGUAAUAUGCAUGCAAAUGUAGUUAUAAACUGUAUAUAUAUUACAAAAAUACAUUAUUAGUUAGAAAGCGUAGUGAUGGCAGAGCAACAAAGGUAUGAUCCGGGGACGAUAGUGCAGCCAAAUGAACCACUUCCAAAUAAUUUUUUACCUGAACAUCCUGCCAAAGUCUUUGUAACGGUGUGCAAUACAUCAGACUUUAGUUCUCAAGAAAUCUGGUAUGAUUUGACAGUUGAACACGAUUCGUUCCAAUGGACGGUUCGACGAAAACUUUCCGAUGUUGCCAAACUUGCUUUUGGUCUCAAAGCUUAUUCUGCUUUCAAAGAUGUAUCAGCAAGCAGGUUAACAGACGUGGAUGAUUUCGAUGCAGUAACGAAACCACCAAGCAUUAUGAACUUUUUGCAUAGCGCAACUGGGGAACGAAAGAAUAUUGAAAGCGUUAAGGAGGAUAUGCAACAGUAUUUCGACUAUAUUCUUGCUUAUGAAAUAUACAGAGGUCACAACAGUUUGGCAGACUUUUUUGAAGUGAGCGGUUUUACAUUCAGGAAAGAACUGGGGCGAAGCAAGAAGGAAGGAUACUUGCAAAAGCAAAGUGAUAAUUGUUGUGUUUCUACCUGGAGUAAAAGAUGGGCUGUGCUUAAAGAUAAGUUUUUGAUGUACCUUGAUGAAACAAAGCAAUAUGUCGAGGGAGUGUUUCUGUUUGAUGGAGUAUCAUCUGUAGUAGUCAAGAAAGGGGUUUUCUUGAAGCUCAAAAAUUCUUCUCAUACAAUAUAUUUAAAAUGUAUGACUUCAGAAGAGGCGAUCAAUUGGCAUGAUAGCAUCGAAAGUAACAUGGAAAAUGUGAUAUCUGAAUUCGGAGGUGCAAUGGGAAAUGUGCACGGAAGCUUUGCACCUGCAAGACCUUCAGUUGCACAUUGGCUUGUUGAUGGUUGUGAUUUCUUCGCUGCUGUAGCAGAUGCACUGGAAAGUGCAAAAAGUGAAAUCUUUAUUACCGGUUGGACGUUUUCUCCUGCUAUAUUCUUGAAGCGCAAGGGUGAAUUAAAAGAUGAAUGGCUCCUGAAAACUAUCAUAGAAAAGAAAGCUGCAUCUGGCGUCAAGAUAUACAUAUUGCUUUACAAUGGUCCGGGAGUAGUUGUGGAUCUCGGAGAACAUUAUGCAAAAUAUAUUCUGGAAAGUCUCAAUGAGGAAAAUAUUCGAGUAUUAAUUCACCGUGGGCUAGGGUUGGAAAAUAACCUAUUUUGGUCUCAUCACGAGAAACUGAUAAUUGUCGAUCAGUCAAUCGCAUUUGUUUCUGGCAUAGAUCUGUCGUUCGGAAGAUGGGAUUACCACAAACAUCCGAUGACGGACCUUAAAACAUCGGACGAUAAGGAGGAGUCGCAUCAUUGGUCAAAGUGCAUAUGUCAUCCAACGUGGAAGGGAAUGGAUUACGCCAAUGAUUAUGUAAAAGCAGCUACAGGAUAUGACAAGCCAUUUGAAGACCAACUUGACAGACGUAUUAAUCCUAGAAUGCCCUGGCACGAUGUUGGUGCCGUGACAUAUCAUGAAAGUGCCAGAGACGUUGCUAAACAUUUCAUUCAAAGAUGGAAUUUUGCAAAGGCAAAGCGCCACAGGAAACAGGCAAAAUAUGCAUACCUCCUUCCAAAAGUUAACCCGACAGUGGAAGAAAAAUACUCAGUAAAAGUUCAUCCGGACGCAGUCAAAGCAGAAGUUCAGGUUUUGCGUUCUGCGGGAGCUUGGUCAGUUGGCUUGACAGAAACUGAAUCCUCGAUACAUGAAGCUUACGUACGAGCCAUCAAGACCGCAAAGCAUUACGUGUACAUAGAGAAUCAGUUUUUCGUGAGUAUCAAAGACGACGACCUCGUUUGGAACAAAAUUAUUGAAGCUUUGAUUGAACGAAUCACGGCUGCGAAAGGGACCAACUUCCGCGUUUAUGUUGUACUUCCAUUAAUCCCAGCAUUUGAGGGAGAUUUCAGUAAGGAUGAAACAAGCGAAGAUAUACAAUUGGUGACUUACUAUCAAUUCAGAAGUAUUAGUCGAGGGGACGGAUCGCUCGUGGGUGCAUUGAAAAACAAUGGCUUUUCCGAUGAAGAAAUCAAGCAUCACAUUUCUUUUUGUGGAUUGAGACAACACGACGUACUCAACGGAAAAGCAAUCUCAGAAGUAUUGUACAUUCAUAGCAAAUUAAUGAUCGUUGAUGAUAAGAUUACAAUUGUUGGUUCCGCAAAUCUUAAUGACAGAAGUAUGAUUGGCACAAGAGAUUCUGAAGUCGCUUUGUGGAUGAGAGACACGGAAUUGAUACCUUCAAUGAUGGAUGGAAAACACUACCUGGCUGGAAAAUUUUCUUCCAACUUCAGAAAGAGACUGUUUGCAGAAUUUCUUGGAUUACUGCCACAGGAUUAUGACGACGAAGUGUCGGAUUUCAGUGUUGAAAGGAGCCUCAGCGAUAUAACAAGUGAUGAGUUUUUCAACAAUAUCUGGGAGAAAACGGCAAGAAACAAUAACCAAAUUUAUGAAGAGGUAUUCAAGCCGGUUCCAACUGAUGCCGUUGCAAGAUUUUCCCAGGUAGAUGAAUAUCGUAAGGACAUUAUAACAAAUGAAGAAGAUAAACGCGAAAUGCUUGAACAGGUACAAGGCUAUCUUGUAAAAUUCUCUACGGAAUACUUAAAAGAAGAAGAUUUGUAUCCAGAUGCCGAUUCAUUUCUUCGGUUAAUUCCAGCAGAAAUGUUCACUUGAGAAAACUUGAGAAAUAAUUUUUAAAACUAGGAUCUAAGCAAUUUACUCCAAUAUUAAUUGAUUUGCAAAUUGAGGUUUGAAUUGCAGCUGCAUAAUUUGUAGGUUUGCCAAAAUACAACUUAACUGUACUACUGAACGAUAGUCAGCAUACAAUAAAAAUGUAUUAGUUGGAUUUACUUUUUCUUGCAUGUAUAUUUAUCUAUGAUUAUAAUGGAAUGUGUUGCCAGCAUAGAGGCGACCAACUUUUACUGAUACUGAAGUUUGCUUUCCAGUACCAAUAACAUAUUAUACUUUUCAUUUGUGUCGCUUACCUGAGACUGCAGCAAUACAAUGUAACUAACAUAAA